UUUUUUUUCUGUGAUAUGCUUUGGAUUCAAAUUUCAAAAGCCCUCCCAAAAGAUCCUUCAAUCCACCAGUGUUCUCCUUCUCCAGUCUCCAUAACCACCCACCACCAUUUUACACGUUCUCCGAAACUCUCUCUGAUGGGUGCUUCGGGGAAGUGGGUGAAAUCCAUUAUCAGUCUCAAGAAACCAGAGAAAGGCGAAUAUGAAAAGGGUAGUGGAAAGAGCAAGAAAUGGAGGAUAUGGAGGAGUUCUUCUGGUGAUUUAGGGUUGUCGGGUUCGACAUGGAAGGGUUUCAAAGGAAGACAUCGGUCUGAAUCAGAGGGCUCGGAUUCUUCCGAUGCCUUCUCUGCAGCCGUUGCAACUGUUGUCAGAGCUCAUCCUAAAGACUUCAAAGCUGUUAGAGAAGAAUGGGCUGCCAUUAGGAUUCAGACGGCUUUUCGUGGAUUCUUGGCGAGAAGAGCAUUAAGGGCAUUGAAAGGCAUAGUAAGGCUACAAGCUCUUGUGCGUGGACGGCAAGUGAGGAAACAAGCGGCUGUGACAUUACGAUGCAUGCAAGCGCUUGUGCGUGUCCAGGCUCGCGUCAGAGCACGCCAUGUCAGGAUGUCGGUCGAAGGAAAAGCCGUGCAGAAACUUCUCGAUGAACACCGGAGCAAGGCUGAUCUCUUGAAAGAAGCCGAAGAAGGGUGGUGUGGUAGCAAAGGAACGGUAGAUGAUAUCAAGACGAAGCUGCAACUGAGACAAGAAGGCGCCUUCAAGAGGGAACGAGCAACGGCUUAUUCCCUCGCGCAAAAGCAAUGGAAAUCGAACCCGAGCUCGAAUCUGAAGGCAAACAAUCCGAUUUCAUACCUCAAAAGCCAAGAGUUUGACAAGAAUAGUUGGGGAUGGAAUUGGUUGGAGCGGUGGAUGGCUGCUCGGCCAUGGGAGACAAGACUUAUGGAACAGCAAUCAAAACCCGAAACCGGGGAGGCAACACCUCCUCCUAAGAGCUGUGUCACUUUUUCUUCAAGCAAGCUUUCAAAAUCACCCGAACCCGCCUCUGUAAGGGUUAGGAAGAACAAUGUAUCAACUCGGGUGUCGGCUAGACCCCUUCAAACCGGAACUCAGUCGUCUUCAAGUCCUGGCUCCGAGUCUAGGUACCAUGACAAGAGUUCGGCUUCACCUUCCAUCUGCACUUCAGCCACACCUGCCUCCGGAAACACUGGCCUUGAGACGGGUGGCAAUGGAAACUGCAGUAGUAAAACUAACAAGGGAAGGCCAAGUUACAUGAACAUGACAGAAUCGACAAAGGCCAAGAGAAGGACAAACAGGGCACUCAGACAAUCCAUGGAUGAGUUUCAGUUUAUGAAGAACUCAGGCGUGUUGUGUAAUGGCUGCGACUUGAAAAGCAGCCCUGCCUCAGUUAACUUCUCCAAACAACUGGGAAUUCCGACCGGAUUGGAGAAACAGAGAGGAAAAGAGACAUGUUCGUGAGAUUGGUGUAUGGCACGUAGGGAUAAGUUUCAACAGCUUGUUGUUCUUCUGGUGCUGCGAGUAAUCUGUGUAUGUUGAAUAGAUCUGUUUUUCUAAAAAAAAAAAAAUCUCAAUUUGGCAUGCUGUAGAACCAUUUUCUAAGUUAUCACAUGAAAUUUUUGGGGAAGAUUCAGAGGAUGAAGUAAGUGUGUAUGCAUACACACACACACAGAGCAUAGUUAUAUAUUCCUACUUGUUUCAGCAUUGAACCUUCCGGUCUCUCGGUUCAUAUAUAUCAUCUGAUGAAUCCGUAAAACACAUUACAA